AUGGUUGAAGAAGGUGAAGAUGGAGCUUCCAUUUCCAUGACUGACCCACCAUUAUUAGUGCCCAACCUCAUUGCCGCUGGAUCCUCCUCACGCUUUCCGCUCCUCAUCGUCAUGGAUCAGGAUGACUCAUUGCGGGUUCCAAUCACUUUCAGAUGCACCUGUACACGUGAAUUCACGCACGAGAACGCCUACAGUAAACAUCAACGCUCGUGCACGAAGGGCAAGAAGCGAUUGUUUUCCGCUUUAUCUAAAGCAAGGGUCAUUUUGGGCUCUGUAAAACGGUCACGAGUCGACGGGUAUACCCGCCUUAGCACUACAUCUUCAGGUGAGCACCCCCACCAUCCACGGGGAUCGUUCCCGUCCACUGAACAGGCUAAUGAGCCAUUCAACACAGAACCUGAGCCUUCACACGUCUGCUCAACUCCGUCGGGAAUGCACCACUCACAUGAGGUUUCGGGUGCAGGGCCUUCAUCGCAGGACCAUCCACUCACCGCUGCAUCUAACGCCAGCAUUGGCACCACACCUAUGGAAAUAGAUGAGGAUGAAAGUUUAUCACUGGCGCAGUGGAGGAGCCGAUGUAUUGGUGUUCCUAUGCCGCUACGAUAUAGGCAGCAUGAGGAUGUGCUCCCACAACCUCUUCCAAGCGCCCCCCCUGGCCAUACUACCCCAGCACCGGAGGUUAACCCACCAGAACCAAUUGACGUGUCCACCGGUGAUCGUGCAUCUCUGCCAGUUCCCCCCUUUCGCACUGCUAGAAAUGUCUUCAGAUUGAUUCGCCAGUUCUUCUCAUCCACCCCCCCAUCUCAUGACCUGGAAGAAGCAGUGACACUCCAAGAUAUCAGUUAUGUGCCAGCGGUUACUUCAGCAGAGCUAGAUGCCCUUGCUGACACUCAUGACGUUUUAUUUCACCCCUAUCCCAAUCGAUCGUCUUUCGAGCUCGGUCAUUGGUACUGGAAUGGCGGCGUGCAGAAGUCCCAUCAAAGCUUCAAAGAGCUCAUCGAUAUCGUCAGUCACCCAAAUUUUGAUCCCGAUAAUGUCCGGAGUACACCAUGGGACAAAAUCAACUCGAAACUAGGUGCGAGUAUCGACGACGAUGAGAGGGAGGAAUGGGAGGAUGAGGACGCGGGUUGGUGCAAAACUCAAGUAACUAUUCAAGUUCCCUUUUCUCGGACCACAGCUCAGCCAGGCAUUCGACCGUACGUCGCAGCAGACCUUUACCAUCGAUCUCUCAUCUCCGUCAUUUGUGAAAAGCUCUCAAAUCCUCAGGACGAUGAGCUUUUCCAUUACGAACCUUACCAACUGCGAUGGAGUGCUCCUCAUCUUCCUUGUGAGGUCGACAUUCAAGGUGAACUAUAUACCUCUCUGGCUUUCAUGGACAUGCACCGUGAACUUCAGGAGUCUCCUCGGGAGGAGGGGUGCGAUUUACCACAUGCCACGCACCUGACAACAUUUGGCAAUGCGAAGCUAUGGCCGUUGUACAUGUACUUUGGAAAUGAACCCAAAUACUGCCAUUGCAAACCAUCCUGCAAUUUGGCUAACCAUGUGGCCUAUUUUCAAAAGCUACCAGACUCUUUCAAAGAUUUCACUGGCACUUACACUGGAGGCAAGGGGGUUGGCCGCGAGUACACAACACAUUGCCAGCGGGAACUGUUUCAGGCUCAAUGGAAAGUCUUGCUCGAUCACGAGUUUUUAGAGGCUUAUGAGCAUGGGAUCGUCAUUUUGUGCUGUGAUGGGAUAAAACACAGGUUUUAUCCACGAUUAUUUACCUACUCUGCAGAUUAUCCUGAGAAAGUUCUCGUUGCGACCAUUCGACAGCUGGGAGGUUGCCCCUGUACGCGAUGUCUGAUACCGACCACUCACCUUCAUCAUUUGGGGAUGAGCUGCGAUCGGCAACAACGUUCAAUGAUGGCACGGUCCCAUGCCUUGAGGAGUCAGCCUGUUGCUACCGCACGCGGGUUCAUAUACGAGAAGAACUAUGGCAUUGACAGUGUAGCAGUCGAGUCGCUUCUCAAACCUGAUUUGUGGGUACCAAACUUGAACUCGCUGUCAGACAGCCUUAGUGCGUUUGGAUUCAACGUGUUUGCUGCGCUUGUCGUCGAUCUCCUUCAUGAGUUCGAACUAGGGGUUUGGCGUAUGCUUCUAGUUCAUUUACUUCGCAUACUUUUCGCCUUGAAUAAGGACCUGGUCCAUGAGCUUGAUAAAAGAUACAGACAAGUUCCCUCAUUUGGGCCCGCAACGAUUAGGCGAUUCUCUGCCAACACCUCUGAAUUGUCGAACUUGGCUGCACGAAACUUCGAAGAUCUUCUUCAGUGUUCUAUCCCGGUCUUCGAAGGCCUGCUCCCCGAAGCUCACAACAAAAUUAUCAUGGACCUACUUUUUAUCAUGGCACACUGGCAUGGACUUGCCAAACUGCGCAUGCAUUCCGACCUGACCUUAGCAAUCCUCAACCAACAAACGACUGAUCUUGGUGAACAAUUUCGUAAGUUUAAGGCGACAGUGUGCUCUGCGUACAGCACCCAGGAGCUCGAUCGUGAGGUUGAUGCGCGGUCUCGUCGGCAGGCAAAGGAUGCGGCUAAGCGGGUGGAGACAGGCAAGGCGGAUGGUGUUGGGCAAGGAACUGCAGCAAGUACCAACACUAAAGGGAAACAGAAGGCCAGUGCAGAGCACUUGCAGGAUACCCCCUUACCAAGGCAACUGAGGAGGAAGAAAUUCAAUCUUCAGACCUACAAGUUUCAUGCGCUGGGGGACUAUGUGACUUCCAUCCGUCACUUUGGAACCACCAAUUCAUACAGCACAGAGACAGGGGAGUUGGAGCACCACACGCCGAAGGGUAGAUACUAUCAAACUGAUUGUAGAUCCUUUGUUCAACAGCUAACUCAGAUUGAGUGCCGUCAAACGCGCUUGCACCGCAUUAAACAACAACAUCAACAAUGGGCUUCUCGUGUGGAGUCAAACAAAACCGCGAGCGAUCCCCGGCUACACCACCACAUCGGCCAAAGCGAGAAGCUUUACGAUGAAGUUGGUCAUUACCUUCACAGUAAUGCGAGAGAUCCUGCUAUGAAGGACUUCCUGCUGCGGUUAAAAGAUUAUAUUUUGGACCAUAUUGUCACAGGGGGCGCCUGGAUCUUCUAUGGAGAAAAACCACCCAUACCGACAAAGAACGUGCUUCCAUUCUCUUUAAACGUAACAGAAUCUAUCACCACAACCUGGGCUCAAGACGUCAUCAAUCCGAGAACCCCACAUUGCAACAUCAUGUUGCUCCAACAUGAUGAUGGGUGCGAUGGCCACUACCGUUAUGCCAAGGUCCUCGGUAUACACCACGUCAAUGUUGUUCGUACUGGGAAUGUGUACGAAUCUCGUCGAACAGAGUUCCUUUUUGUGUGGUGGUAUGAGUCUGUACAGGAACAUGUCUGGGAAAUGCAUACUUUGUGCCGCGUUCGUUUCCUACCUCUAGUGAAUCCGGGCACAUUCGGCUUUGUAGACCCGGGCGCUGUGCCGAGGGCAUGUCACAUUAUUCCGGCUUUCUCUCGAGGCCAGCGUAACUCAAAUGAUGGGAUUUCUCCCGUAGUGGGAGAUAAACACAAUUGGCAAGAGUACUAUGUUAAUAGUUUUGUUGAUCGUGACGCCCUCAUGAGGUUUGAUUUUGGCCUUGGGGUAGGGCACGUUUACUCACAUAGUGUGGGGGUCUCAGAACCUCGUAACUCCGCACCACAGCAUGCUGGUCAGACAAGCGCACAGGUGCAAGAUGAAUGUAUCGAAGACAAUCCAAUGGGAAUCGCCCAACCACCUGACGGGGAGCGGGAUGAACAGGAUGAAGAUGGUGAUUACCUUGGUGUCGAGGAGCCAUGCUUUUUGGGGCCAGAAAGGAAUGCGAGCAUGGAAUCGAUUAUCGAGGCGCUAGAUGAGAUGUUCAUGGACUGCACCCUCGAUUUUGAUUACGAAAAUUAA